GUCAGUACACCACAAACGCUCAAUUUUAACUUUUUUAAAAACGUGUUAAACGUGAUAACACACCGUGAAAUAAACACACCUCGGAUUUCUAAACACAGCCAGGGAUGUGGUGUUGAAAAAACGUGACGUGGGAAUCAUUCAUGGCUGGUUAAGGAUUAGCUAACGACAGCUAACUCGCUGUGUGUGCUAGCUGUGGCCGUUAGCAGGCUAACAAAGAGCCAUUGCUCCUCCUCGCUUUGUAUGCUCGAUGUUGCCGUAUUAGAUGGUCCCGGUGUCCCGUAGGAGACGGUGAGGAAUGGGGUUCGUUCGGGGAAGAGUGAAACUCGACUGGAAUAUAUGUCUGGAGUGUCCCGACAUUCUGCCUUGGCUUGCAGUAGGACGUCCCUGUCGUAGGUCGUGCAUUCGUUCCUCACCAGUGAUCCCCUAUGCUUGAGAGAACCUGGAGCCUGAGUCUGACAGGAUGGAUGGUGUGGACCUAAAGAGACUCGCAAAUCAAGAUCAGCCCUCUGUCUCUUGCUACGGUGUUCAAUCCUUUUCUAUCUACGAGAGAACACCUCCCAUUCUACACCUCCAGUCUCUGUGCUUUAUGUGUAAAGACUGAUCAAUAAAAAGACAGAAAGAGAUAGAAGUUGGAAGACUUUCUAUCUUGUGCCUUUUUUAAAGCAGAGAUACAUAAAGAAAAUAUACAAGGCUAUAUCACGGACAUGGAAAUAUCCUUGUUUUAAUUUUACAGUAGUUGUACCCCCUUACUCUUGGUGUGGGUGGUGGGAUGUCGGAAAAGCCAGAUGACAAAAUGGUGAAGUUCCUGGCCCCCCCCCAGAAGAGUGGAGAAGGCCCCAGUUCUGAUUCAAUGAUUAGUGACAGCCGCCAACCGUCAGAAGUGAGACGGCGGCAUCACACCAUGGAGCGUGAUCGAUGUAACCCUGAACACCGUUUCUUGCGUCGGAGUGUGAUCAGUGAUUCCAAUGCUACAGCGUUGGCCCUCCCUUUACCCAGCAAGAUCCCCAUCCCUGCUCCCCAACGGGUUCAUUUACGUGAAUCCGUCCCUCAGCGGCAGCAGGCUGCUGCUGCUUAUUUGCCCCGGACUGAAACAAUCUUAGCUCAAAAUGAAAAGUCUGAUGAUAGUGGCAGAGGAGUAGUGGAAGGAAAAGACAUAGAAAUAGCUAAGGUGGAAGUAGUGCCUUUAGAACAGGAGCCUGCCAAUGUACAAGAUGUCUGUGACGUAGAGGUGGUGGUAGUGUCCGACUCCAUACCAUGCUUGGAAAGAGAUUUGCCAAGUCGAACAGAAACUGAAAGCACCACUGAAGUGAAGUUGCAUCCUGGAGAAGGGGAGGAAGGAGAAGAUAAGGACUCUGCUAAGGCACGGGCAGAGGCAGAGCAGAGAGAAGCUGAGAAAAAAGUGCAGGAUGACAUCGAAGAGGCAGAGUCAGUGGCAGUGGGAACAUCUCCAGAUGGGCGUUUCCUAAAGUUUGACAUUGAACUUGGUCGUGGCUCCUUCAAGACCGUCUACAAGGGCUUGGACACUGAGACCACAGUGGAGGUGGCUUGGUGUGAGCUUCAGGAUCGUAAGCUGUCGAAGACAGAGCGGCAGCGCUUCAAGGAGGAAGCGGGGAUGUUAAAAGGACUGCAGCAUCCCAACAUUGUCCGUUUUUACGACUCGUGGGAGGGACCCUCCAAAGGCAGGAAGUGUAUUGUUCUGGUCACGGAACUCAUGACAUCUGGCACACUCAAAACAUAUCUGAAGCGUUUCAAAGUGAUGAAAAUUAAAGUGCUGCGGAGCUGGUGUAGACAAAUCCUGAAGGGUCUUCACUUCCUCCAUACUCGGACUCCCCCGAUCAUCCACAGGGACCUUAAGUGUGACAACAUUUUCAUCACAGGCCCAACAGGGUCUGUCAAGAUUGGAGACCUGGGACUGGCCACCCUCAAGCGUUCAUCCUUUGCCAAGAGUGUUAUAGGUACCCCUGAGUUCAUGGCGCCUGAGAUGUAUGAGGAGAAGUACGACGAGUCAGUGGAUGUGUAUGCCUUUGGAAUGUGCAUGCUGGAGAUGGCCACCUCAGAGUACCCUUACUCAGAGUGCCAGAAUGCUGCACAGAUCUACCGCAGAGUUACCAGCGGGGUGAAGCCGGCCAGCUUCGACAAGGUGGCCAUUCCUGAGGUGAAAGAGAUCAUCGAGGGAUGUAUUCGCCAGAACAAGGAUGAGAGGUAUUCAAUCAAGGACCUUCUGAACCAUGCGUUCUUCCAGGAGGACACAGGGCUGCGCGUGGAGUUGGCAGAAGAGGAUGAUGGAGAGAUUGAGGCCAUGAAGUUGUGGCUGAGAAUUGAGGAUGUAAAGAAACUCAAGGGAAAAUAUAAAGAAAACGAAGCUAUUGAGUUUUCUUUUGACCUCGUCAAAGAUGUCCCAGAAGAUGUGGCUCAGGAAAUGGUUGAGUCUGGGUAUGUGGCUGAAGGUGACCACAAGACCAUUGCGAAGGCCAUAAAGGACAGGGUGUCUCUAAUCAAUCGGAAGAGAGCACAGAGGCAGCAGGUCAGAGAAAAUCAAGAGAAGAGACGUCUUGAAGAGGAGCAGCAGAAUCCGGUGCUGCCUGCACAGCAACCAGUCCAACUAACCAGCAUGGAGGUGCCUCCCCCCCAGCCGGUGCCUCAGACUGUGUCUUUUAUACCUCCACAACUAAACCAACACAAUCCACAAAUGUGUGCUCAACCUGCAUCUCAGAACCUUCCCAUUUCGAACUACAACACUACUCAAUCAAACCAAAUGACUGGCAUGGGUCAAGUGAUCCCUUUUGUGCCCCAGUCAACUGGGCAAGUCCAAGUUCAUGGUCAGAUCAUGGCCACCAUCCAGCCGGAGUCGGAGGAACCUGAAGCCGACCAUCACAAACAGCUGCAGCACAGUGGAGGAGUUGGUCACAUUGGAGACAGACUACCUAGUUCCACCAUCAUGCCUGAGGCCCAGCCUCAGCCUGGAAUAUCCUACAGCUCCACUCCCAGUCAGCACCCACAGCCCCCAGUGUCGGGCCUGCAGACACAAAAUGAACAAAUGCAACAGCAGCAGUUGUCACUGGUUCAACCCCAGAUUCAAGGUGUCCAGGAAGUUGUUCCUCUCGCACCUACAAACCAGUCUGUUCCCGGGGGACCUCAACAGUAUGGAGUGUACUACCAACCAUCGCUCCCCCCUCAGAUUCCCAACCAGCAAGGGAUGAUCCCCCCAUCAUCUCAGUCAUCUGCUCCACAACAGCAGCAGCAACAACAACUGCAGCAGCAGCAGCAGCAGCAACAACACCCAGAGAGCAGCUCUUCUCUUCAGAGCUCCACUCUACCACAGGCUCAGUCUGGAGGUCAACCGCUACAGGCCUCUGUGAGUGUUCCUCGGUCAACAUCAGGCGAGCUGCUAGCUGGAUCUUCAGUUCUGAUUCUACCAUCUGUAGAAAGCUGCCUGUCGGAUACAGCUUCUGGUCUUAGUGACGGCAACGACGGAAGUUCAGGAGGUCGCCAUGAGGGCCGGUCACUGAAGCGUCACCAGAGACGAUCCGUGCGCAGCCGCUCCCGCCAUGAGAAGAGUGCAAAGGCCAAGCUGAACGUGCUCAGUAUCUCUAAUGUGGGUGACAGAGUUGCAGAGUGUCAGCUGGAAACCCACAACAGGAAGAUGGUCACCUUCAAAUUUGACCUUGAUGGUGAUAAUCCAGAGGAGAUCGCACAGAUCAUGGUUGAGAGUGAGUUCAUCUUGGAGUCUGAGCGGGAGUCUUUCAUCGAGCAGGUCCGUGAGGUCAUAGAAAUGGCUGACGAGAAUGGAGAAGGGAUGAAGGAAGCUUUUCCCCAGAUGAGUGACCUCCAACAACAGCCUGCGCUGUCUGUUCCCAUGCUGCCAGGUAUUUCCCCCAGCACGAUAGCGCAGGUAGUUCACUCAGCAGGACGGAGGUUCAUCGUCAGCCCGGUGCCAGAGUCUCGUCUCAAAGAGCAGUUCUUUGGAGUUUCUUCUGCUAACACAUCAUUUGGAGACGAACCUAACUCUGCUCCCCUUUUGGCACUGGGCCUUUCUCUGUCUGCUCCAUCCGGGAUCCUCCAGCAGGCCUUCAAUAACAUUAGGCAGUCUCGUUUAGAGAGGGGCAAAACGGUUGACACCCCUUCUUCUGAGCAAGAGCCAGCCACCAUUCCGUCCACUGAGGCUGGUCUCGGCCCGAGUUCUACCAAUAUCCUGGCUCCUCCGGAAGCUGUAGCUUCCACCACCAGCACUACUUUCCCUCCUGUGUCUCCCCCAUCUACUGUGACAUCCUCACUGCCUCCCUCCACUGGGAGGGUUUCCCCUCAACCCAUAACCACGCAUACCCAAUCUCCCGUUCCUGUGGCCAGUGAUCCCAGUCCACCCCCUCAGUCUUCUAGUGAAACACCCUCCUCACAAGUCCCAGCACCAGCUCCCAACAUCCCUCCCUCAUCUUCUACCAUUUCUCCUCCAUCAGCACAGACCUCCGUCCCUGCAGUCCCUGGGCCUCAGACAAGUAGUAGUUAUGUGUCUGUCUCUUCUGUUGCUGGAGUUCCAUCUACCGGUACUAGUACCCCCCCUGCUUCAGAGCAGCAGCCUUUUAAGAAUCCGGUCCAAGCACAGCCAGUUGAGGCAGAGGGGGCUGAGCUCCAGUCAAAGGCCGCCGGUGGAGAUGACAUCCAAGCUCUAGAUAAGAAGCUCCGGUCCCUCUUUAAAGACCAGAGCGCCGCCUCAGCAUCAUUAGAUCCUAGUCAGAACACGGGGACCUCCUCUCCUCCCACUGGGACUACUUCCCCUCCACCUGGAGCCGUCAUGGUGCCUCCAUCAAACCUUCCUCUCACUUCUGGGUUGCAAGGGGUUCUUGGCUCCAUCACCACCCCAGGACAGAGUUUGACCCCGGGAGGACAUUCCCAUACCCCCCCAACAAAAGCCAGGGCACAGACUCUACCCACUGGUUUUGAUCCAGCUGCUACACCUUCCUCUGACAUCCUACCCCCGUUUCCUGGACCAAAUCAGUCGCAUCAACCUAUGGGUAACUUGGAUGCGCAGUUGAGGAGAGCUCUGAGCCCGGAGACAGUCCAGGAGGGUAACAGCGCACCGCUUCCAGCAGCAGGUUUCACUCUGGGACGAUUCCAAGUAUCCAUUCCAGAUCCCCAUAGCGCUGUUUCCUCUUCCUCCCUCACACCGUCAUCUACCACAUCCUCCUCCUCCUCCACUUCUUCCUCUUCCUCCCCCUCAAGUCCAGAAAAUACCCUCCACCGGUCAUCCAGUCUGUGUAAAGUAGUUUCUGAAACUGAUGGAGUUAGUGGAGCCUCAUCCCUCUCUGCCGUUCAGGCCGGUCAGCCCACCACCAUCGGACGCUUCCAAGUGUCCCCGAGCAGCAAUGCCACAUCCGGACCCAGCAACGGCUCUCAAGUGGGACGAUUUUCAGUCACAGUGACUGCAGCGACAGGCUCCAGCCCAUCACACGGCUCCAGCCGGCAGAACGGCCCCUCGUCUUCCACCUCUGACCCACAUAACACACAUUACAGUAGUGACAAUGACGACUCGGAGACUGAGGACGAUGCUUUGCAGAAGGAAAUUGGCAAUCUUAGAGAGAAACAUAUGAGCGAGAUUCAGGCCUUACAGUCGCGUCAGAAAGAGGAGAUUGAGGCUCUGUUUACGCGAAUGGGGAAAAAUGCUCCUUCCUCUGUCUGCUCCCCUGCUGCGGCCAUGGCGGGAGGUCGGCGUAGGCUGAAAAGCAAAACCUACAAAUCCGGUCGCAGCAGUGGACAGCCCAGUCCCCUCCACUCAGGAUCCCCUCCAAAGCAAAGACCUCCCUCAUCAGAGGUCUCCCAAAUGACCACAGAGGCAUCCCAAGCAGAUGGGAGCUCGUCCAUACAGCAGCUCCGAUCCUCUCCGUCCAUGCCCAGCCUCGGUAGCUACUCCGCAGGAUUGAGUGGGACCAGCUCCUUAAACGGUUCAGGCCACUGUCGGAACCAUUCAGCUUCGAUGACCCAGGGGACUGGAACCGCUCCUGCUUCCUCUCACACCCAGAAGGCUCAAGUCACCUUCACUCAAGACCUGCACCUACUGGUGGAUAACUGGGUCAGCCUCUGCAAGAAAGGUCCUAAAGCUGGAGCACAGGCUGCACCGGGACAAGAUAUAAUUCCCCCAGCCAACAUGGGCCGAAAAUUCUCAGCUCCAGGUUACCUCUGCCCAUCGCUGCCCACGGCUUCUAACGCCACAUCCACCACCACUACCCAGCUCCCAACCCCCGCCAAUCACCCUGUCGCUAUGGGGCCCCGCAAAGGCUCCCUGGGCCCAGCUGCUCCGGGGUUUGGAUAUCCCUCUCCCCAGUACAGUGCUCCCCAGUGGGCAGGACCCACAACCACGUGCCAGGUCGGCAUGCUUAAUCCUGCGCAGCCACUACCUACGACAGCCUCGGUGACCACAAUGCAACAAGGCUACCACAUGGGAACCACACCAGCACCCCAGAAUCCAGUCAGCCAUGGAGGGGCCAACCUUAGGCCGACGUAGCCCAGUCAGAGCCCCGGUCCAGGAGGAGACUGCAGGGCCACACGGGGCCGAGAGCCAGACAGUCGCUGAUUGAGAACCACUAGCUCUCUUUGCUGGUCAGCUGGCUGUGCUUUUUUUUAUUUUUAUUUCUUUUAUCAUUUUGUGUUAUGAGUCGACCUGUGUCCUCUCAGGCAGAACAAAAACCUGUUAUCGGAGGGAGCGUGCAAUACACACCCACAGCACAUGAGUCCCACACUAAGCCUGCCAUUAGCUGUGGAAAUGAGCCGUGAGGAGUGAGGUGGUAGUGUCUGGUGAUGUAACGACCCAGAGGCACAGCCGACAGCAGCCAAAGAUGUCUUUCUGCGAGCAGAGGCUGUAACGUCGUGAUUUCUUUAUGAAGAGGAGGGAUUCUGGUGGACAUCCUAACUGGUCCUGUCUUCACUGAGGACAGUUUGCACCACAACACAACACACACACACACACACACACACCUGACUAAACAUUGACCUGGUUGAGGGACUCGGGUGGUAGGUUAUGUCGUCUCAGAGAGUGAGGGGCGAAUGUGAGUGUACAGGAAGUGGAAGAUACGAGUGGGACAGUUGGUUUUGUUCCAGUCGAAGCAGUAAUGAGAAGCGAGGAGGAGAAGAAAGACAUAGUACGUCAGGCUGGAGUGUAACGGAGAGGUUCGGAGUAUGAACGCCUCCCAGAUUAAGUAAACGCAAUAAUGGCAAAGACUAGAUGAACUGUCCCUCGUAACUGUGGCCUUAAUCCCCAAACACAUGAAAACUUUGUACAUAGAUAUUUCUUCACUGGGUUAUGAUUCCAUGUUUAGCAUAUUUAUGUCCCUGUGAGAGUCUUUGUGAUUUGAGUUGUCUCUCAUCAGAUACAUUUAUUAUACUGAUUUAUUCUUCAAGUCUGUCUGGUAGGCCAGUGGGUCUGCCACAUGGAAAAGCGUUGUCCUGGUGUUGACCGCCACUCGAAGCUGAAGAGGUGAUGCUGCUGUAGAUCACAGACUGGGUAGUGGGUGUUUGCAGGGUGAUACGUUAUUUUUAUUUACACAGGAAUGAAACCUUUUUUCGAGAAUCUUAAGUUGACACAUAGAACCGCUUCAUUUAGUGUUUAGCUCUGCGAUACAUCAUGUAGAACGAUACAGUUUUGGUUUUAUUAAUAGUAAUAUUUGUAAAUUUCUGAGUAAGGGGUGGGGUGGGGGACUCAACCUCCCCGCUCCACCCAGGUGUUUACAAAGAUCAUGCACAUCUCUAGAUUAACAGGUCGUCACAUUUAAUAUAUUUAGCCGCCACCUCUCAAAUCACAAGUGUCUGGGGUUCUCUUCCUGUUGUCUGUUUUUGUAUGCGUUAUUUAAUAAAUCCAGCAAAUGUUCUUUAUGGACCUGUAUUCAGCCAUCAGAUGUUGAUGUUUCACUGUAAUUAUUAUUAAAGGUUGUUAAACAACACGUAGAUAAAGGAAUAUAAAAAGUGCAAUUGCAGGGUUGUUGUUAUUGGUAUUCUACUCGCCACGCAGGAGUAAAUCCUGGGGUUUAUUAAGCUCAUCUAUAACUGCCCUGCCCCCCCCCCCACCCUUUUCUAUUUUAUUGUAUAUACGUUCAUGUGAGGAAAGUGCUUUCACGUAACGCUCGACCCACUCUACAUGCACACGCACUCAAACCUGUAAACAUGAGGGACACUUUAGUGCCUUGCAUCCUCACUAAUGACAAGUUCCAGAUUCAUUUAGUCCUGUUGUAUCUGUGACUGUGCUGCAGAAAAACUUAACCUGUAAACACAACCCGACACACAACUCAAGAGGAUGUAACACUCUGAAACGGUGGACCAGACACACACGCAGAACAAAGAGCACACUGACUAAUGUGGAAACCAAUUUUCUUUUCUCUCUCUACAGUUACAUUUUGUGUUGGUUGUGUAAUCAGCUGUGAAUUUCUAUUAGGCUCAUGCGUACAUGGUUUUUGGCCGGCAUUUAUUUCUGUGGAUUUAUCAUAAAAACUGUUUUGUGGAAGCACUUGUUCAGGCAGCGAGUGAGUGCGCUGUACAAAGGCUCGGAAGUCUUCAUGCUCUUUUCGUCUCCUCACCUCACGGUUGCCAUGCUGUCAUUGUGACUCCUUUGCCUGCUUGUAGAUUGGAUGAAUAGUAAAACUUCUCUAGAGAAAAAAUAAGUUACUGCAAUGCAGAAUAUGCAAUGUUUAAAGUUUUAUAAGGGCCGAGGGGGUAAUGGAAACAUUUGCAUGCUGAUGAGGGUUGUUACUGACUUCAGUGUUUUUGAUAUUGGAAUAUUAGUGAUCUUUUUAUUAUUAUUUGCCUUCCUGAGAGUCAUCACAAAGUGUUGACACCUUAAAUUGCCAUUCACCAAUAUCACAGACACAUUAUCAGACGAUCCGCAUAUGAGUUCUGCAUGCUGGCUUCACUGGUGUGUUCUCUUACAUCUGGCCACUGUACAGCACAAGCUCACAACAAAGCUUUAGGUCCAUAUGCUACUAUGUAACAGUCACAGAGCUCCAUCAGUACUGUGUGAAGCUGCUGACACAGUGAUGUUGGUCAAAUUCUUAUCUCUGGUCCCUCCCUACAGACGUCCCGUGAUUCAGUGUCUGUUUUGUGUAUGUUUUUCCACGUUGUACAAAAUGUAAAAACAAAUAAAAAUAUCAGUGAAAGCACUUGUCAUGUUAAUAUUGCUGUCAUUAAAAUGUUCUAAACCAGAA